AGAAAAUUUGAAAAAAUGGUGAGGAAAAUGAUUGAACUGAUAAAGGUAAAAGGAAAAUACUGGCCAAAACAAAAUUGUCUGCGGAUGACAGGUAAAAUUUUUAAUAGUUUGAGGACUGAUUGUUUUCUAAAUUGUUUUCACAGGCCUCCACUGGCAAACUGUUCUUCUGAGUCAUCUGAAAGUGCCUUAGACAGCAUAGCUAAGAAUACAUUUGGUGUGAAUAAUGUUGCAUUUCUGAGUUGUGUCAAAACCUCAUAUGACAAGGAAAUAAAGCCAGACCAAGUUACCAGACUUGCACUUAGGAAAGAAGUUAAUUUUGACAGUAUCUGCAGAAAGCCAAAGUCUACUGCAUAUGAGCGAGCUAUUGCAAGACUUGCAACACACCCCCUUCUGAAACCCAAAAUUGCUGAACUUAAGGCUGCUGUAAAAGAUUUUAAGGAUGCAAGACAGAACCCAGCCAAAGCCAAUCCUUCAGAAAAGAAGUCAGAAGCUCAGCCUAAAUCAGCACAAAAUUCCAACAGCAACUUGAAUGAACAAGCUCUUAAACUAGUUCAAAGUCAGCGAGGAUUUGAAGACAAAACUAAAAUGAGUGUGAAAAUGGGAACUGUAGGAGGAGCUGAUAAACUCAGUGAGAGUGAACCUGAACAGGAAAUUAUGGAAAUGGAAAGACUUCCAAAAGAGUUUUUGUCUCAGACAGUAGAAAUGCAAGCGAUCACUCAGACAGGAAAGAAACUUGGCUGUAAAAAAAGGAAAGAAAAUGUGAGCAUGAAUAAAUUAUCUGCAGUGAAACAAAUGAUUAGGGAUGAUAGUGACCUGGAACACAGUGAAGUGGAGUACUUUGAUGAUAGUACUGAAGAGAGGUUUUAUAACCAGACAUCAAAUUCUGAUAGCGAUAGCAAUGAUGAUUUCUUCAUUGGCAAAGUAAAAAGAAAGAAGAAAACAGCAGCAGUUAAUGAUCUUUCUUCAGUAAAAGAAAAGAAUAUACUUCAGAAAAACAUAUUGAAGGAAGAAAAGAGUACAGUAUCCGGGACAGUGCAAAAUUUGAUCAUGGAAGAAAAACCACAUGAAAAAGCAAGGAAGCUGGAAUCAGUGUUCUGUACUUCUUUGUCUACCUGCAAUCAGAAAUCCCAAAACAGAAGAAAUACGAAAGACCAACCUCUCGAAAACAGACAAACAGCUCUUCUUAAAAAGGAACCACAGCUCAAAAAACAAUCAUUUGCAAAAACCUCCAUUCUUAAACGUGACAGUAAGAAUCCACGUUUGGAGCAACCUCUUCAUCCUUCAUGGGAAGCAAGCAGGAGACGUCGGGAACAGAUGUCACAAAUUACAGCGUUCCAGGGCAAAAAGAUUAGAUUUGAUGACUAGGUUGUAUAUAAAUCGAGAUUUUAAAAUAUGAUUAUUGUGAAUUUGCAUCUUACAAUGUUUUUGUAUGUGGUAAAAACUGGAGUUUGAACAGUUCUUGGGGGUAAGGACAGAAAACAAUGUAGAAAUCUUCACUGAAAUAAUAUUUUCCAUUUCUCAAGAAUUUAUGCCCGUUAAUCCAUGUUUGGCUGUCUUAAUAAUUCCAAUUUCAUAAUACCCCUGUUUAUGGAAUAUGCCCUAACAUGACUGAAUGGGUUUUAAGAACAUCAUCUGUGCCAUGUAGAAGUAAUUCUCUGAAGUUUUAUUUUUGUAAAAAUGUACUUUUAAGUGCUUGAGGGAUUAGAUCUAAGGUAAUAGGUAAGAAUACCACUACUGAAGUGAUAAUCCUAGGUCUGUAUUAUGAAAUAACAUCUCUGGUGAGGAAAAGAAAUCUCUUAAGCUUGAACAGACUUUACAAAUUCGUGAAUGUGUCAGGUAGCUAUGAAAGCCAAUUAGUAAUGCACAUGUUCUGGGUAGCAAUAAAAUAUUGGCCUGUUAAAUUGUGGUCUCUGUUGUUCUUUGGUUAUACUGCUGCUUUGAGCUACUGCAGCAGUGUCUUUAAUACUCCUGCCCUGGAGAUUGUAUCUGGGUGGUCUGCGUUCCUUGCACUUGUACAGUUAGAAGUCAUCUUUCUUAUUAGAUACUGUUGAUAGUUAAGCAAAUAGAAUGUAUAUGAAAGGGUACUGUUGGACAAAAUUCUUCAGUUAUUUUAGUAUUUUUCUUCAGGGACUUUUUCUGAGCUUAAUUGAAACAAGUCAAAAAGAGGGAUGCUUUAUGUAUACGUAUAAUGGAAGCAGGCAGUGGUACAUCAUUCUAAGAUUCAGCUGUCUUCUGGUAUUGUAGCUCAAGGACUUAUUGUGAUAUGAUAAUUUAUCGUGUUUAAUAAUCCUCAAUAGUUAUCUCUUCUGCAGAUUUGUCUACUGUAGAAUCCAUGUCAACUUAUGUAACCUCUGAUCUCUUGAAGAAGUCUGUCCUAUGUAUCAAACUCUGUGAAAAAGCAAUCUCUUUUCCUAUGUGUUAAACUGCAACCUGAUUGGUUUAGUAAGUGCUUAUAACAGUGAGCAACGAAUUUUUAUUAACCCUUUGAAUGUCACUUUGAAUAGGGUAGGGAAUGUUGGGAAGAGCAGUGGAUGUUGUUUAUCUCAACUUUUUAAGGCUUUUGUUGUUCUUUCCCAUGAUAUCCUUAUAGUCAAACUGCGUUAAUAUGGACUACAUAAAUUGACAGGUGAAUCAGCUGACCUGCUGAGCUCCAAAGCAGAAAGCCAACAUAACUGAGGAGAGGUAACGAGUGGUUCAGUACUGAGCUCAGUAGUAUUUAACAUCUUCAUUAAUGAACUGGAUCACAGGACAGAGUGCAUAUACAGAACUGGAGUGGCACACAACCGGAUGGUUGUGCUGCCAUUCAGACGGACAUGGACAGGCUAGAGAAGUGGUCAGAGGGAAAGUUUAAGUUUUGUGAAGCUUAGUUAAGGAAAAUGGAAAGUGCUGCCUCAGGAGAGCAGUAACACUGUACAGUAGUCUGUGCUGGAUGCAGAUGGGAUGGACAGCUGCUUGCAGGAAAGGACAUGGGUUUCUGGUGAAUACCAGGAGACUAUGAGCCAGCAGUUCAUCCCAAUAGAAGAGAUGUCCAACUCUUAUUUGGAGGAACAGCAAGUUUGGAAAGGUGAUCUUUCUUCUCUGUUCAGCACGGGUGAGGUUGUAUCUAUCCCAGUCCCUGGAAGUUGUGGAACUUGCAGUACAAAAGAUGUGGACACAGUGGAAAAAGUCCAGCAAAAGGUCUCCAAGAUGAUAAAGGAAAUAGAGUAGCUGACAUACAAGGAGUGGCUGAGACCUGGGAUUGUUCAGCCUGUAGAAGGGAGGAUCUUACCAGUGUUUGUAAUUACUGGGAGGGGAAGAAGAUCAAGACAGACUCUUCUCAGUAUAAAAGAAACAACUUUGUCACUGUAAAGAGGUCCAGCGCUGGCACAAGUUGUCCAGAGAAGAUGUGGGGUCUCCAUCCUCAAAGGUACUUAGAAGCCAUCUGGACAUGGUCCUGUGCAACCAGCUUUAGGUGGCCCUGCUUGAAUAGAGGGGUUGAGCCUGAUGAUGGCCAGAGGACCAUGCCAACCUCAUAAGCUCCUUGUGAUUUUGUAAUACUCAGAGGAAUGAGUCAAGCACUGAUUUAGUGACUACCAUCUGUUGGUUAAAUCAGUUACUGGAAGCAUAUAAAAAUGCAGUUGCUGUGUAAUUCCUCAGUAUAUUCUAUUUACCAUGAUGUUACAGCCAAAAGGGAGGAACAAGGUUAGGUUUUUUUUUUAACAUAGUGUGACCACCACUCUGUCUUGCUCCCUCUGGUAGACUUUGUAUCUUAAUACUUAUAUCCCAGUAUUUCUGCCCAUCCUCUUACUGUGUUCAGUUGUUGUAAGCUAAAUAUUACUGUGGUUCCUUGGAUUAUUACUAUCUACGUAUGACUUUGUCACUCAGACUUUCUUUUCUGUAUUCUAACCAAAUGUCAGUAAGUGUGAUAUUAUCUUCCUGAAUUGCACUGAUGCUGAGAAGAACUGGAAAUCCAUAUAUCCUUCCAUCUUCCAGUGCUUAUUGUUGCUGUUAUUUUUAAUGUACCAUCUUGAAUGACAUCAGACAUAAAGCCAGAAGCAUCACAAUAAAACAUGAAAAUGAAAAAGCAUUUUUAUUGUACUUUUGUAGGGAAGGAUAGUCUUUUGUAGAAAAAGACAUGCCACAUGCAAACUUCUCUAGUUUUCCAGAUGCAAAUGCUGAUCCUUAAUGCCUAAGAUAAAUAAAUGAAUAAAUAAUCCUAGACAAAUGCUAUUCCAAACAAAUGUUUGACAUGUGAUUUCUCUGGUUCCGGUGAAGGGCCAGAAGAAUUUCUUUUGUUUGCUGUCAUCAAUUCUAAUAUAGUUUUUUAAUGGAUGGGUGAUCUUUCUUUGAGUAGAUGAGUAUCAUGUUUUAGAAGUUGAUUCACUUUAAGGACUAAAAAGUUAAAGAGUGCAAAUGGUUUGAACAAAAUGUCUUUAAGGAGCAUGUGUUCUAAAGUGCUUUUUUGUAUGUGCUAGGAAAUCUAAGAGCAUUAGUUUGUCUUGGCAUUUGAGCAAAUUUCUUAUUACAUUCUUGCAGCUGCAAUUUGUGCCCAUAGAAUUCUUCCUGAACGAAACCUAGUUUAUCAAAACAUCUUUUUUUCCUCUUCAGAAACACAACUAACUUCUAAGCUUCUAUUUAAAAAAAAUGAGAAAAGAUAAGCUGAACAUGAAUGAGAGGAGGGAGAUUAGGUUGUUGGCAUUGCUUCAGAUUUUAAUAGGCCAUUACAACUUGUAGCUGGUGCUUGGUGACUCACCUGGAUCACAGCCUUAAUGUGCUGAGCAGUGUACAAAUGAGUGCUGUAGGCGGAGACUUAAUAAUGUUUUUUAUAUGCAACUGGGUGAUUUUAUGUGAAAUGAUAAACUCAAUGAACACGCCUGGAGCUUGUUCGUAAAAGUUCAAAACAUUUUUUCUUCAUGGUGGCAAUAUUUUCAAUAUGUACAUGAUGUUAACUUAGUUUGUGACAUCGUUUGGGCAGCGACCUCUCACGAAAUAUGACCAAUUUAUUUCUCUAAUGAUAUGGGAAGAUAUUUCACUCUGUGAUUGUAAGAUUAAGAAUCUUGGAGAAUCCUGCUUUCCACUCUAUUACUGUAGUACAGGAGAAAUGUUCUCACUCUGAGUAUGUAUGGUCAAACACUCAUAGAGUGCUUUUAGGUGCACAGUAUUUUCACUUCAAACAAGCUCAGAUUUGUCAGUAUUUUUUUAAAAGACAGCCACAAUAAUUGGAUGUGUCAUUGCUCUGACUGCAUUUUCACAUGGAGUCAGAUCCACACUGAGUUCUGCACUCUGUGGAUAGCACUUGCGGGAACUCCUAGUUUGAAGCUUUUAGCUCUAACUGUAAUAAUUUUGUUACAUUUUAGAAACACUGCCACAUGUCUGUCUCAAAUAAUUCUAUAUUUACUUUAUGAACUGCAUAAGGUAUUACAUCAUUUUUGUCUGCAUUUGCCCAAAGUCAAGAAAGCUAGAAAGAACAUUUCAAUGUUUUUAACCAUAUUCUGCAUUAAUUCCUCAGUGAAGGGAACAGAGAUGUUUCAUAAACUCAGCAUAUUUCAUCAGUUUAGCAUACAGAUUGCAGAGGCAGCAGGAUGUUGAUUUGUAUUCAAAAAAUGUAAAUAAGGGAUUAAAUGUUUUUGGAGUGAGUGUUCAGUGCGUUAAGUCAAUUGUUUUGCAGUGCAUUGACUAUCUGCUACUGACUCCUCAAACAUUUUUUCCAUAUGAGUAAAGUUUUUGAUGCAUAAAUUCUUACAGUGGUUUCUGAGCUCCUGUUCCUACAGAGACUGCUGAUUUGGUAAAGGGAAACUUUAUCAAUGAGGGCUAUGUCUGAAUGAGCCAUAUCUUAUCCUCUAAUGCCUUCACUUAUUAAGCUUUUGUGUAGUACAAGAGGUAGUUAUCAUCGUUGCAUCUUUUCCUUUCUUAUUUUUUCCAGGCAACAGCAUCUUCCCCAUUUUCUUGUUCAUGUAGACACACACAGCUUUGAUUGAGGCUUUCUCAUUUCACAUGGCCUAUGAUGACUUCCUGCAUUAAGUACUCAGACAAGUAGAACGCUUGAAAAAUUUUAUUCAAGUCAUUUUCACAUAAACUUGCAACCAUAAUACGGGCAUGUAACACAGGAAUAUGAAAGUGCAAUAAAGAAUAUAAAGCUAGUGUCUGAAUAUU